AUGAUUCCACUAGACAAAAAGAUUUCAAGUACUUGGGCAUCUUCAAGAACGACAUCUUCAUCGUUAACUGCUAACAGCUCCAAACGUAGAUCUUCCACUCUAGGGUCCGAUUGCCAAUCCCCUUUUACUCCUUGGACAUUAACUGUAGAAGAAGUGUCUAGGGUACUCACAACUGAUACAAAUAGCGGGAUCAGUGAGUCAGAAGCUCUUUCAAGAAGCUCUAAAUAUGGUCCGAAUUCUAUUGACGAAGGCAAAGGUGUCGCGUUUUGGGAGAUUUUUCUCCGACAGGCUUGUAACGCCAUGGUCCUUGUCCUUCUCAUCUCCAUGGCCAUUUCAUUUGCAAUCAAGGACUAUAUAGCAGGUGGUGUUAUUGCUGCAGUCUUUUUCAUCAACGUAAUUGUCGGUUUUAUUCAAGAGUUCAAGGCAGAAAAAACGAUGCAAUCGCUCAAGUCCCUUUCUUCCCCUACUGCACACGCCAUACGAGAAGGAUUGGAUGACACUGUUCCCUCUAUGGCUCUUGUUCCCGGAGAUAUAAUCAUUGUCAAAGUUGGUGACACUAUUCCUGCUGACAGUAGAAUUAUCAGUUCUAUGAAUCUAGAAACGGACGAGGCCCUGUUGACUGGCGAGUCUCUCCCAGUCACAAAAUCAAGUAACUUGAUAUGUUCGAAGAAUUCACCUGUAGGCGAUAGACAAAAUAUGCUAUUUUCGUCUUCGGUUGUUACAAAAGGCCGUGGCACUGCAAUUGUUACAUCUACAGGCAUGGAUACAGAAAUCGGAAUGAUUGCGAAAUCUCUUCGCAAUGAAAACAGCAAAAUACGCAAGGUCAAGAGAGACGACACGGGCAAGGCUAAACGUCGAGAGUAUGUCAAAGCUUUCCUAGGUUCGAUUAAAGACAUUAUUGAAGCAUUUUUGGGCACAAAUCAUGGAACUCCACUUCACAGGCUACUCGCGAAACUUUCUAUAUUUUUGUUCGGAAUAGCUGUUGUCUUAGCAAUAAUUGCAAUGGCUGCUCAAAAGUUUAUUGUCACUCGCGAAGUAGCUGUUUAUGCUAUUGUACUGGCAAUUGCGAUGAUUCCGGCAUCCUUGGUCGUUGUUCUUACAAUUACCAUGGCUAUGGGUACGAAGACAAUGGCCCAGAGAAAUGUGAUUGUGCGUAAAUUAGACUCAUUGGAGUCCCUCGGAGCAGUAAAUGACAUUUGCUCUGAUAAGACAGGUACAUUGACUCAGGGCAAGAUGAUAUUGAAAAAGGUAUGGGUUCCAGGACUUGGCUACUACGAUGUUGUUAAUGGCGUCCCAUCUAAUCCUGAUAGUGGUAUUGUUUCAUUCAGCCAAUCUGAAGAAAGUUCUGAUAAAAUGGAUCCUCCUGAAUCUGAUUUAUUCUCUGAAUGGAUAACAACUGCUUCGCUUGUAAAUAUUGCAAACGUUCGGAAGGAGACAUCGCUCGGAUCUACCGUAUGGAAAUCAAAUGGCGAUCCUACUGAAAUUGCAGUACAAGUGUUUACUACAAAACUGGGAUACAACAGAAAUGUGCUAGUCGACAGUGAUAAUCCAAGGUACACUUUUAUUAAUGAGUAUCCGUUCGAUUCUUCCAUAAAACGUAUGUCUUCCGUUUACAACGAUAAUGAGACCGAUUCAGUCCAUGUGUUUACAAAAGGCGCUGUCGAGCGAAUUUUGGGAAUCUGUACGCAAUGGUAUGGCGACAACGGAGAGCAAAGUACCUUUUCUAAGGAACAACAUGAAAAAGUAUUAGCACAAGUUGAUAGAUUUGCUCGACAAGGGUUAAGAGUAUUAGCAUUUGCAAGGCGUCAACCUCCUGGAAGUAUAGUGAAGGAACGUUCCUGGAAACAAGUUGAGCGGAUAGAGGUCGAACAAGACAUGAUAUUUUUAGGAUUAGCAGGAAUCUAUGAUCCGCCUCGUGAGGAAACUGCGGAGGCUGUUCGCCGGUGUCACACCGCCGGUAUCAACGUUCAUAUGCUAACUGGAGAUCAUCCAACAACAGCUACUGCAAUAGCCAAGGAAGUAGGUAUUCUGCCUUCCAACCUGGAUGAGUACUCGCCUACUAUCGUUAAAUCCAUGGUAUUUACAGCCCCAGAGUUUGAUGCACUUUCUGAUAAUGAAAUUGAUCAACUACCUCUCCUGCCUUUAGUGAUAGCAAGGUGUGCACCACAGACGAAGGUUCGAAUGAUUGAGGCCCUUCAUCGCAGAAAAGCAUUUGCAGCUAUGUCUGGAGACGGUGUUAAUGACUCUCCAAGUCUGAAAAAGGCUGAUGUCGGUAUUGCAAUGGGACUCGUAGGGAGCGAUGUGGCGAAAGAUGCAUCUGAUAUUAUACUUAGCGACGAUAAUUUUGCAUCGAUUCUAGCUGCCGUGGAAGAAGGGAGACGCAUGGCCGAGAACAUUCAAAAGUUUACUCUCCAUCUAUUAGCAGGAAAUAUUUCUCAGGCACUAUUCCUAGUUGUUGGACUUGCAUUUAAAGACAAUGACAGGUUUUCAGUCUUCCCUUUGUCACCGGUAGAGGUUUUGUGGAUCAUUAUGAUUACUUCUUCAUUUCCUGCGAUGGGACUAGGCAUUCAAAAAGCCGAAGUGGGAAUUAUGAACAAGAAACCCAAAAAUCCAAAGGCGGCCAUAUUUACUUGGGAGGUUAUAGUGGAUAUGCUUGUGUAUGGCCUGCUCUUGGCUGUGAUUUGCAUGGUCAGCUUUAUUGGUAUUGUAUAUGGAGUCGGUAACGGAGAGCUGGGCCACGGCUGCAAUGAGAGAUAUGAAGAUGUCUGUCAAUAUGUAUUCCGAGGAAGGUCAACAGCUUUUAUCCAAAUGACCUGGUGUCUAUUGAUACUUGCAUGGGAAGUGAUUGAUUCGCGGAAAUCCCUCCUGCUUAUGAAUCCUGAUAUUUUCCGUGAUGUAAAUAAAAACCCUGGCUUCUUAAGAUCUGUCAUGCUUAUGUUCCAAGAGCUAUUCGCUAUCCUAUGGGAAAAUCAGAUGCUAUUCUGGUCUGUUGUGAUUGGAUUCUUCUCUGUGAUACCAAUUAUUUAUAUCCCCGUUAUCAACAAAAAGGUGUUCCAACACAGCCCAAUUGGAUGGGAAUGGGGAGUAGGACUUGCUGGUCUCAUUGUGUUCAUCGCUGGUUCUGAGCUUUACAAAUGGUGUAAAAGGAUUUACUAUAGGAAUGAAAACAGCCAGAAAGAAGAUGUUGAAAGCCAUCAUCUACCAUUCAUGCGGUAUAACACAUUACAGUUAGAGUAG